GGUUUUCUGGGAUUCCGAGCGGCUUACCCACAACUGUGUUGGCAGCAUCCAGAGAAACUUCCUGACGAAGAAUUUGUUGGUGUGAAGGGAGACUCGGGGCUGGAAAACUUGCUUGAUGAGUGCCUGUCGAAGGUGGUGGUUGACAGCGACACUUCUGUUUCCUCUGGUCAGUGUUCAAGUGCCCCAACCCGCCUUCCCUCGUCCAGUUCUUCUUGCGCUUCUUCUUCAUUCCGACAUAGCAGCGAUUCUGGCAUCGCUAUUGUCUCGGAAAUCCUCUCAGAUGUCGUUCCUGUCGUUACCAGAACGCCAGUUUCCCGGGUGACCUCGGCACCAAUAACCCGCCCCACCAUGCUCAUAGCGUCACUCUCCUUCGACGACGUAAUGAGCAGCUCCUCGCGCCGGCCUUCUCGCCUGCGUCCCAGCACCCUGUCCCUCUCCUACUCCCCCUCCUCCUCCUCCACCGCAGCAACCGACUCCACCUUACAUGUGCACGCGCCAAAGGCGGCUCCGACGCGUUCCCGGACCUUCGACGCCUCCUCACACUCGCAUUUUGCCUCCUCCUAUCGACUGCUGUGUCCCCAGUCCACCCUCCCAGUCACCCCGCCACCCCCACGACCGCUUUCCACGGUCAGCGCGGCCCUGAGUGCAGAGGCCUUCGAAUCACCGCUCCCUACCUCCGUCCUGCCGCACCUCCUGCUCGGUUGUCAAGCCGACGCCAUGUCCGCGGACAUCUGUGCGGAGUACGGCAUCACGCAUGUGAUCAACGUCUCCGCCGACGGUGAGGCCUCACCCCACGUACCGGCCGCGCGGUUUCUACGCAUUCCAAUUCACGACAAUGGCAAAGCGGAUAUCGUGCCCUUCUUCACAGAGGCCUUCGACUUCCUCGACUUGGCGAAGCUGUCAGGCGGUCGGGUGCUUGUGCACUGCUUCGCCGGCAUCUCCAGAUCACCCACACUCGCUAUCGCCUACCUAAUGAAAACGGAGCACAUUUCCUUUGACGAGGCCUACAACCGAGUGAAGGCCAUCCGACCUAAGAUCUCGCCCAACUUCAACUUCAUCGGCCAACUGACUGACUUUCAGAAACAGCUUGGUGUCCGCUCGCGCACGGCUUCGCCGUCGUCACCGCCGCCGGCUGCGUCUAAGCCGACCACGUCGUCGCGCCUCGCGCUAUCGUCGUCUUGCUCGCAGUCUCUGCCGAAGAUUGUGCCCGUCGAGGCCUCCCCUACCACGGAAGUUCCCUCAAAUGUCGCGCCUCCCCACAUCUCGUCACCGGUGGUUGCCGCCAUCGCUGGAGCGUCCGCGAAGACGACAGCGAUUUCCAGCCCCUUGCGUCCUGUCAACACGCUGGUUCGUCGACCAACUCUGAAAGUGGAUUACACCGUGCCGGUGGUAAUCGGCGCUUCAAAGAAGCGCGAUCGUCCACAAUACCUCUCUCUUCAUCCCUCGUCUCCCUCGGACCAAUCGACUUCCACCGACGCCGCAGCCAUCGUCGUGGGCCGACGCAAACGCAGUCGCUUUGGCCCGCUCCUUUUGCCAUCACCGUCUACCGCCAUCGCAAGCCUGGAUCUCUCCUCGCCAUGCGAGGAAUGGCGAAUCGCCACCCUCAAGUCCGCCUCCCCGCCGCCACCUCCACCGUCUCCGCGCCCACGACGACUGCGAAUCUCCCGCGCGGUCGAUGAGACGCGUCGAUUCUCGCUCUCCGCCUACACCGAGGUGCAAAAGUGUGCAUUUUCACCCCUGAACCAGUACGACGCGCCAUCCAGCGACAUCGACAGCGACGUCGACUUGGUUGGCAGCGUCGGCGUUGGUGGAGGCGGCGGCGGCGGCGGCAGCAGCAGCAGCAGCGCCUCCUUCUCAGCCUCCAACCCCACCAUAAUCGGCAGCUGUGGUGGUGGUGGCGGUAGCCUUCAUAGUCCCACCUCGGCGUCUCACCGAUGGCUCGCCGGUGACUCUUGUCGUCACCAACAAGCCACGGCCGAAUCCUCGUGCCAUUCCAGUCUUUCGUCUUCAAGCAAUGGACAACACACUCCUAGUUUUCCCAUCUCUUAG